AUGAGAGAUAUUCUUAGUGGGAAGAGAAGUUAUGAAGCAAAGGAGAAAGUGCAACUCACGGAGAGUUGUAGCGCUCUAAUUCAACACUCCUUUCCCCCAAAACUCAAUGAUCCCGGGAGUAUUUCUAUCCCUUGUAGCAUUCAAAAGCUCAAAUUUGAUAAUGCUCUUUGUGAUUUGGGGGCGAGUGUUAGCAUCUUGCCAUUUAAGACUUAUGAGAAGCUCAAGCUAGGUGAUCUCUCUCCUACCGCUAUGUCAUUGCAACUAGCCGAUGGAUCGGUUAUGUUGCCAUUGGCUAGGAUUGAGGAUGUUCCCCUAGUUAUUAGCGAGCUUACUUUCCUUGUGGAUCUCGUCGUCUUGGACAUUGAUGAGGAUGCACAUACCCCCAUUAUCUUGGGGAGGCCAUUUUUAGCCACCGCGGGUGCUCUUAUCGAUGUGCAAGGGGGACCAAUCACCUUGAAAGCGGGAGACGCCAAGGCUAGUUUCAAGCUUGCAAUUGAUGAACUUAUUGAUAGGAAGGUGAAGAAGGAUAUGCACGAGAGCUCCUUUGUGCAAGGUGAUCCCUGUGAUGACGUCAUUACCAUUCCCGACACAUUCGGGAUGGAUCUUGAUGAUGUAAAGUCUUUCACUCCGGUAUCUAAUGGUAAGAAGUGUAUGAGCAAGAAGUCCAAGCAAGGCAAUCCUAUGCCUAAAAGGACAUGGUUUGGUCCCCACUCAAUAAGUGGUGGUUUGGGUAAGUUGUUUGUGCCCAAGGAGGCCAAGAAAGGUUUGUUGACUAGUGUUGACCCGAGGUUUGUUGUGUUUGACCCCCCUUGA